AGAGAGAGAGAGAGAGAGAGAGACUCACACAUUGAGUGAGAGGGGAGACAGACUGAGAGUACGCCAGACUGAGCAGACGAGGCAUAUUUCGAGCGCCCAUUAGGAGUGCGUAAAACCGCAGGAGCGCAUAGAAACACAGUACCCAGUGAUUGUGCGUUGGAUAAUACGAGUUUUGAGUCUAGGAGUUGUCGACUUUAAUUGCGUCUGUCUACAGGAACAGCCCCCGUGAAUUCAGCAGCCUUCAGUUUUCUGAAUGGACGCGCUGGGAAGCUUCUCCGGUGACAUGGAAAUGCGCGUUAUUGAGCUUGUAGCCGGAUGCUGAGGACGCCCGAUCCAAUAAGUCAAUUUCAGCUUUCAUUUUGAGUUUUGAAAUCUCUUUUCUAACCGGCAACAACAUGGAGGGCACGAGCUUCCAGCCGCAUCCCGGACUUCAGCAAACUCUGAAGCAGUUUCAUCUGAGUUCCAUGCGCUCGCUCGGCGGACCGGCGGCGUUCUCCGCUCGGUGGCACCAGGACUCACUCUUCGGCAAAGAUGGGAAAUCGGCGGAGAUGAUGCUCACCCUGCCGACUCAGACACCUCCGGUAAUGUCCGGUCCACUUUUCAUCCCGUCCGACCGCUCCACGGAGAGGUGCGAGACGGUCUUGGAGCGGGAGCCCAUCUCCUGCUUCGUGGUCGGCGGCGAGAAGCGUCUCUGCCUGCCGCAGAUCCUCAACAGCGUCCUGAGGGAUUUUUCCCUCCAGCAGAUCAACUCGGUGUGCGACGACCUACACAUCUACUGCUCCCGCUGCACGGCGGACCAGCUGGAGAUCCUCAAAGUGGUGGGCAUCCUGCCCUUCUCGGCUCCGUCCUGCGGGCUGAUCACUCAGACGGAUGCUGAGCGCCUCUGCAACGCUCUCAUCUACGGCGGAACUUAUCCUCCCCACUGCAACAAGGAGUUAGGCUCCCUGGAGUUGGAGCGAACCGAGAAGAGCUUCAAAGUCUAUCAUGAAUGUUUCGGUCGGUGUAAAGGCUUGUUUGUCCCGGAACUGUACGCCGGUCCGAGCGCCGCCUGUAUCCAGUGCAUGGACUGCAGACUCAUGUUCCCACCUCACAAGUUUGUGGUCCACAGUCACAAGAGACUCGAGAACCGGACUGUCCACUGGGGGUUCGACUCCGCCAACUGGCGGGCUUAUGUGCUCUUAGACCCGGACUACACUGGGAAAGAGGAGAAGAGUCACCUGGAACAACUGCUUAAAGAGUUAAAAGGAAAAUAUGAUCUGACGGGCAAGCGGUCCAGUAUACCGUGCAGAUCUCCCAGCCCCGUCCCAGCCAAGAGGUCCAAAUUCGAUAAAUUACAAUCACCACCAGCUGACAAAGACAGGAAACCUGAAUGGUUACAAUCGCUGUCAAAGUCCGCACACAAGGAUCUGAAACAGGUCCAACUGAAACAGAGGCCCUCCGCUUUCCGCCCCUGGUCUCCUAAAGCAGCAGAAAAAGAGAAACCGGCUACUCAGAAUGAGGUUGAGAGGUCUUACUCAAAGAGUCACGAGACUUUGGCGGUUCCCAAUCUGACACUAGCUCCCCUGGCCCUUCCGGUCCAUCCUAGGGACAGCAACGCUCCUGGCAGGGGGCCAGGAGCCAUUUCCAGGCCGCUGCAGGAGCUGCAUAAUGGAGAUACACAACCUGCAGCAAAACCAGCCCCCACUAGUACCGCUAACCGACCCGAAGACAUGGACACAGAUGGAGAGAUUGAUGUGGAUGACUGUGAUGAUUGUCCACUGCCAGCUUCCUCCCUGGCUUCGCCUCCGUCAGCCUGCACCAGCGUGUCUCAGACUCUGACUCCUCAGAGUGUUGCUCGACCUCAGGAGGGACCCACCUGGCUGUCAGGCACUGUUAGCCCAGAGAUGGACACACUGAGACAGAUGCUGUACGGAGGCAUGGACACCAAAGAGGCCAGAGAAAAAGUCCUGCAGGAGAUUGUCAGGAUGAGAGUGAAGCAAGAGGAGAAGCUGGCAGCUGCUGUGCAAGCUAAACGCAGCCUUCAGCAGGAACUGGAGUUUGUGAGGGUGGCAAAGAAAGGCCGUCUUCGUGAGGCCAUCGAAGCCAAACGCAACCUGCGAAAGGAGAUUGAACGCCUUCGUGUGGAUUGGGAGAGGAAGAUGAGGGACACGGAGGAGUCUUGUGGGCGGCUGAAGAGAGAGUUGGAGAGGGAGAGACAGCUGCGAGUCUGUGACAAAGGCUGUGAGGCCGAACGUCUCCGGGUCAAGUACUCCACUCAGAUUGAAGAGCUGCAUGUGCAGCUACAGCAGGCAGAAGCUGAUCGUGAGCAGCUGAGACAGGAGCUUCAGCAGGAGAGAGAAGCUCGGCAGAGUCUGGAAAGCGUUGUCAAAGAUCUGCAAACCCAGCUGGCUCUGCAGGCCGACAGCAGCCAUCCUGGAGACUCCGAGGACGCAAACACAGACGCACACAGACAGACCACACAGCACACCAAUGGAUCCUAAAGUUGCACAUUCAAAACUGGAGAAAAAGACUCGAUAAAAAGGAGCAUGGUUAAGGACUUUGGUGCACCUCCUGUUAGGGAAAAGAAACUCAGCAAAAUGCAAAGUCAGUUUUGUAGAGGAAAAAUCUGUCAUAUAUAAUAUGAUAUGAUAUAAAUCAAUAUUAUUAUGACAAUAUAUGAAUUUUUAUGAAAUGAACUGGAAAGUAGCAUGAUGUCUGAGCAUGUUGUAGAGCGUGAAAUUAAGAAAGACUGAACACAUCUCUCCAGUGACGUCAGAGCCCUCGGUUAGACACCUGACGCUGUCCAAGGAUUUUAUUUUGGUAUAAGCUAUUCUAAGAUGUGCAAAUAUAGCCACAUAACACUACUUGAAUAUGAAGGGAAGAAACAUGUUGCGCCUGGUGAAACAUGAGCAGAUGAUGAAACUCUUGGUGCCACAAAAUUUUGGUACACUCAACGGUGUCAUUGCAGACCACUGGAAACAAGAGACACCAGUUUACCACUAUUUACUUUUAAUAUCAGCUUGCUUUUUAUAACUGUGUAGAGGAUGUACUUUUUAAGAAAUUAUUGCUUGCGCAGCACUGUUAUUCCACAGGCAAGAAAAAAACAUCCAUAUACAAACAUGUACGCAUGUAUACCAGCUUGUCUACCUUUUGUAUUUUAUAAACCUGAAGUAUUGGAGGUUACAGGUGGGCUGCCUUCAGGUCCACCACUGUUUUAUGCUUAGAUAUUUUAUGGAAGUGUUACUUUUUAAUAUUAUGAUGCAACUUUAUUUGUUGUUUGAACAUUGUUUUUCCAGGAAUGUUUCUGCAACCAAACCAUGUGAUAAAUAUUCUUGCCCACGUUAGUGCAGAUAAGUCUACAAAUGCCCUCCUAAAAGAAAAAAAAAAACUUCGAUAGCUGUCUGUUUUUGUUGAAACGCGGUACUUCUGAUUUUCUAUUGAGUAUUGUAAAAUAAUUUAUAUUCUAUGAUAAUUUGCUGCCUAUCAAAAGAAAGCAUUCAUUUUUAGUCACUGGUUUUAGGGCUCUUAAAUCAACAAAUGCUGUUUAUAUGAACAACAUUUCUACAUAUAUACAAAAUAUGGAUAUAUAUUUUUUUACUUUAAGAAAAGGAAUUGCACUUUUUAAAAGAAAAACACCUUGCAUUGUGCAUUGUACUCCCUGUUACAUUUUUCAAAAAAAAAAAACAAGUUAACAUGAACUUUGAAUUUAGACACACUUUCCCUCAGUAUCCUCUGAUGUAAAUACAAUGAUAUUGUAAAUAAGAUAUUUGUUGGUAUGUUUGCUUGCUCCAGACUUUAAUUGAUUAUGAAUAUUAUUUUUUGCUCUUACUUGAAACCAAAAAGAGACUAUAUUUGGAUUUGCAAAACUGCAAUUUCAUAGUUGUAUCCCUGAGCAUCAUUGCAAUCACAGGGCAUUUAGCAGAAUGGAUGGACUGCUGACUUGUUGGUUUAAACGAGGAGAAUGAAACCAUCAAUGGUCGUGAACUUGACCUUUCAGUAGUUUUUCUAGGUUUGACACACCAACAGAAUAUUAUAAUUUGUCCUUUGAUUUUGUUUAUUUGAGAAGAUCUUUAUUAUUUGAUUAAAUAUAGAGUAUAUAUUACACCACAGACCAAAAACUAAAAAUUGGAUUUGAAAUCUCUGCACCUCCAGCUCCCUCGCCAGAUAGAGUAGAAGCAACACCUUCCUGUGGUUUCAACCUUAGGUGCUCUCGUAUAUUUUAGACAAUAAACACUUUUAUGUCUUAUCAUUAUGAUACCCUUGCUCAGUAUUUUGUUGGGUACAGUGUAAUAGCAAUAUCCAUUUUGUUAGCUGAUGCUGUUGUAGUUUUGGUUUGGAAGUGGGGAUUCACUUGCCUCCUGUUUCAAUGUUUUCUUUUCCUUCGGAAAACUUGUAUGAUACCCAUUAAAAUCUAAAUCAAUCCUAA